AUGGUCUCUGCCAUUUCUAUAUUGGCUCUUCUUGCUCUUUCAGGUCACGUAACGACCUAUUCUGAUGGUACCAAAGAAUUAAUUUUUGUACAAACACUUUGGAGACAUGGAGAUCGGUCACCAACAAAAACAUUCCCAACAGAUCCAUUUCAAGAAGAUGCGUGGACAUUCGGAGGUGGUGGAUGGGGACAAUUGAGUCCGGCCGGUAUGAAACAACAUUUAAACUUAGGAAAGAUGCUCCGUUCGCGUUAUGUUGGUGAUUAUCAAUUUUUCCCCACAAAAUACAAUGCGAAACAGAUUUACGUCCGCUCAACAGAUGUCAACAGAACUAUUAUUUCGGCAAUGUCUAACUUGCUCGGUCAAUACGGACAAAACGACGGAAGCAGUGUCCCAGAUGUUGAUUAUCCAAAUAUUACAGGAUGGCCAACAGGAUACGUGCCUAUUGCAGUGCAUACUGUAGAUGAUGACACAGAUCACCUCGGGAACAUGGAAGCCACUUGUCCAUUCCGUGAGCAAGUCUGGAAUCUUGCAAAAACUUCCGACGAGGUUAAGAACUUUAUCAAUUCGGAAAAGGUUCAAUCUAUGCUCGGAAAUUUGACAAAAUUCACGGGACAAACAGUUGAUAUUGACAAUUUGUGGAUCAUCACAAAUGCUUUGUACAUUGAACAAAUUUAUUAUAAUGACACGAUCCGAACAAAAAAUACUUGGUUUACUGAUGAUUUGUACGCUCAAGCAGAUGCAAUUAAUGAUCAAGUUCAACUUUAUCAGAAUGGAAUUUUCAAAACUGUUCCAAAUGUUGUAAAUGGGCAUGAUGUGGGAGUUUUGACACGUAAAGUACGCGGAGGACCUAUUUUAGAUGAUAUGGUGAUGCAUAUGAAUAUAAAAUUGAAUUGUCAAGGAAAAACAACACCGAACUGUACAUGGAUUAACAAUUUGAAGAAUUACGUAUAUUCUGCUCACGACACUACUAUCUACGCCUUCUUCUCGGCCCUUCUGAUUGAAGAGUAUGCAGUUAAACCAAACGGAGGAUAUCCAUUAUACUCUGCUGCUGUUCUUCUUGAACUUUAUAUCGAUCAUGCAGACAAUAAACCAUAUUUCAAAAUGGUUUAUCAUGAACAGGAGAACUCUGGAUUCAAGGAUAUCACGAUGGGAAUUCAAGGAUGUCCAAACGGAACUUCUUAUUGCAGUCUGGAUAUUCUGAGAAACUUCGCACAAACAAUUAAACCCGACCAACCAAUUGAUCAAUGGUGCUACACUGAUUUGGAUGCCAAGCACGCUGGAAUGAGUACAGUUUCUCUGUUUCUGAUUGCAGUGAUCCUUGCAAUCCAAAACGACUUCAUGGGAUUUUUUUAA